UACACUGUUACUGUAUACGCUGGAAGAAAAUUUAAAAAUUUCGUAUUCGCAGUAUAAUUUUUUAUAUAUUCUGACUCAACAACUUGUUAUUGAUUGGAUGAUAAAAAAAUACUUAGCUAAUUUAAAAAUAUUACAACGCAUAAUGAACAAUAUUUAUCACGAAAAACAAUCAAGGGAACUUUGUGCUUUACAUGCCCUAAAUAAUCUUUUCCAAGCCAAGGGAACAUUUACAAAAACACAAUUGGAUGAAAUAUGUAAACAACUUUCCCCUGAGGAAUGGAUAAAUCCGCAUAGAUCAAUUUUAGGAAUAGGAAAUUAUGAUGUAAAUGUUGUUAUGAGAGCGUUACAAAAAAAAAGUUGUGAAGCGAUAUGGUUUGAUAAGAGAAAAGAUCCGUCUUGCAUAGACACAACACAAAUUAUAGGAUUUAUAUUAAAUGUGCCUACAGAUUAUAAAGUUGGUUUUAUAGUCCUACCAUUAAAAAGAAGACAUUGGAUUGCAGUAAGGCAAAUCGGUGGGAGUUACUAUAAUUUGGAUUCAAAAUUUGAUAAUCCGCAAUUAAUAGGUAAUGAAGAUAGUCUUUUAACUUAUCUUAGAACACAACUUCAAAGUGAAAAUGAUAAGCAAUUAUUUAUAGUAGUAAAAAAUGAGGUAGAACAAAAUCAAUUUUGGUUAAAAAAACAAAGCGAUGGCAAUAAUUAUGAGCAAAAAAACUAUAACGAAUGUUAAUAAUUGUUUAAAACGUUGUUUAUUUAUUAAAAUUUUUAAUGCUUAUUAAAAUCAAAAACUUUUGUUAAAGACAUUUACGCACAUUCAAUCAUAUCAAAAAUAACAUUUACUUUUAGGAAAUUGUACCACAUAAAAAAACCCUUUAAACAUUUUCCCAAAGUAUGAAUAAGAAAUUUGGUGCCAGUAAUGAAAAUUCAAAUGUUAAUCUCAUACCUAAAAGAUCAUCGCAGUCUAAAAAUAUUUGUCUGAUUCAGAUAUGUAUUUUAUUUUCUUAUUUUUUUAUACCUUUUUUAGAUUUUGCUCAUAAAUAAAAACUAAUUUACAACG